AUGCAAACCGAAAGAGAAGAAGACUUAUCCAGGCUCUACGACACUGGAGUAAUCAAAUAUCCAAGCCCCGGAGUAGGUAGAACCUCCAAACAACCGCCUCAAACUGGCCAAGGCGAUCACUUAACCAAACCUCAAAAAAGUCAACUACCGCAAAACUAUCAAAGAGGAGUUUUACCCAAAUACCUAAGAGACCGCAAAGAGGAAUCUGCAAUUCCAGAACCCGACAACGAAUGCCCUUCUGGCCAUGUUCUUUUACCCGAAGAAGAGCGCAAAGAAACCUUAAGAGUCCUACGACAAAGCUACGCCGAUAGGAUUCAGGAGCUCAACAUGAUGCCAGUAAGAAAUGACACGUUGAAAAUGAAAAAGAGGAAAAUGGAAAUUGAAGAGGAACUGAAACGAAUCGACGGCGGCAUUAAAGUAUUCCAAAGGCCUAAAGUCUAUGUAAAAAUAAACGCUUGA